GUUUGCCUGAGGCUUGGUAAUUGACAGCCCCAGGACUCCCUCUCUUUCAGGCAAAAGAUGCUGCAGCUGAAGAAGAGCUUUAAAGUUGUUCUCUUGCUGCUCUCAGUGGCUCUUGGUGGUUUCUGUGGGACUGCCCUGUCAGAAUGGUCACCAUGGACAAAGGAACUCGUGGAGAAGAUGCAAAGUGUAUUUCCAGCAGGACUAAAAACCUUCUGGAAUUCACACACUUUGAUUGAAACCCAAAAGUUGCAGAAUCUGCUGGAAGAGAUUACUCAGCUGAGGGUGGAGAUCAGUAGUUUAAAGGAGUUGAGCCAGAUGGCUUUGGAGCCCUGUGUCAAGACAGACUGGGCCCUCAAGAGCUUUGGAGCCACCAUUGACACACAAAGAACUUCCCAGACCUAUGACUGCAAAGAGAGUUGCCUCUGCAGGAUUUUACGCUUCUUCUGGACUGCCAGCCCUCCUGAUACUAUUCUGCAGCCAAAUGUUUUCCCAGGAAACUGCUGGGCUUUCAAAGGGCAUCAGGGCCAGGUUGUCAUCAAGUUGCCAGCACGAGUCUACCUGACUGCCAUCACACUGCAGCACAUCUCCAAAGAUGUCUCUCCAAGUGGGACCAUCAUCAGUGCCCCCAAAGACAUUGCUGUCUUUGGAGUGGAUGCAGACAGAGAAGAGGAAACUCUCCUGGGGGCGUUCAUCUACAAUGUGGAAAAAAACCCCACAGAGACCUUCCCUCUGAAGAACACGCUGCUCCCCAGAGCCUUUUCAUAUGUCAAACUUCUUGUGAAGAGCAACUGGGGAAACCCGUGGUAUACCUGCAUUUACCGAGUGAAGGUUCAUGGAAAGAUGGAAAACCAGAAAGCCUCAACCCAGGGCCAAGAUAAAUAAAGAAGAAAACACAAAAGAAGAAGAAAGGGCAGGGGGAAGAAGGGAAAUGGGGGGAAUGAUGUGGUAGCCCAAUGUUGAUUUUAGACUAUGCAUGUGGAACUGUGUCAGGUGAGCUUUAGGUAAGAUAUCAGGAAUUAUAGAAUCAUUUAAUCCCCUCUGUGGAAAGGGACUCACAAGGAUCAUCAAGUCCAACUCCAGGCCCUGCACAGGACAGCCCCAACAACCACACCAUGUGUCUGGCAGCUGGCUCAGUGCUGUGACCAGUUCUCUGGGGAACCUGUUCCAGAACGUGACCACGUUCUGGGUUCUGGUGCUUCACCCAGAAGGUUCUUCACUCAGAAGGAGAAGGUUUAUUACCCAAAGGUUCCUCACCUGUUUCUUCUGGACAUUUACAGGCUCUUCAGGAUGGAUAGGCAGGACAGAAGAGGUGUAGUGGUCCCUUCCAUGUCAGGGGUUCCAUGGUUCCAUGAUUCUAUGACCAGUUGUUUCCAGCCCAUCUCUUGUAAACCCCUGACACAGUGCUGUAUGUGUCCUAUCCCAGAAGCAGAAUGGAAGCCACAAGUCCAGGGUUUAAGACAAUGGCAGAAUGCAUGGAAACCUCUACUCUUGCCCAUGGAUGUGCAGUGAGAGACUAAGUUGUGCCAGAGCCUAGCACUACUGACUAAAACAAAUAAAGCCAUAGGCCCUGGGAAUUGUAUUUCAACUUUUGUUUGAUGAGUAGAACUGUAAGCAAUAAAUAAAGAAGCAAAGGAUGGGAACUCCACCACCUCCAUGGGCAGCUCCUUCCAAGGCCUGAGCGCCCUUUCCAAGGAGAAAUUUGUGCUGAUGUCCAACCUGAGCCUGCCCUGGCCCAGCCUGAGGCCGUUCCUUCUCCUCCUGUCACUGUUCCCUGGGAGCAGAGCCCGACACCCAGGCUGUCCCCUUCUGGCAGGAUUUGUGCAGAGCCACAAGGUACCCCCUGAGCCUCCUUUGCUCCAGGCUGAGCCCCUUUCCCAGCUCCUUCAGCUGCUCUUCAUCAGACUUAUGGCAUGUGACUUUUAGCUAGGAAUUCUCUGCAAACCCCUU